AUGGGGGCGUCGUGGCUGCGCGGCGUGCUGCUGGGCUGCUGCUGCCUGGCGGGGGCGGGGGCGGCGGGGGGCGGCGGCGGGGGCGAGUACUGCCACGGCUGGCUGGACGCGCGCGGCCGGCGCCACGAGGGCUUCCCGUGCCCGGAGCGCUUCGACGCCCCCGACGCCACCAUCUGCUGCGGCUCGUGCGCCCUGCGCUACUGCUGCGCCGCCGCCCGGGCGCGCCUCCAGCAAGGCGCCUGCCCCGACGGGACCGAGCCCCCGCCGCCGCCGGCCAGCGCCCAACCAGUCUACGUACCAUUUCUUAUCGUUGGAUCGAUAUUCGUUGCCUUCAUUUUUGUGGGCUCCCUGGUCGCAGUUUAUUGCUGUACGUGCCUCAGGCCUAAGCAAACUUCACAGCAGCCCAUCCGAUUCUCUCUCCAGAGCUACCAGAUGGAGACUUUGCCAAUGAUCCUGAACUCCACAAACUUAAGGACUCCUUCGCGACAAUCCAGUACGGCAACUAGCACAAGUUCUACCGGGGGCUCCGUCCGCAGGUUUUCCUUCGCUAGACCAGAAUCGGGGUGCAUCCUGGCCUCUUCGCCUCCCCCUUAUUCAACUGGCUGUUUACAAAUGGGCCACUCGGUCCACCUCUCUCAGCCUUCUGGAUUUUUGGUAUCAGCCCCGUAUUUUUCCUACCCUCUCCACACUGAACAGUCUAUAACUGGAAAGAGCGUUCCGGAUUUUAGUCCGAGCUGA